CCCGGCAGGUCUUCGGUCAAUUCGCUGGAAUAGUUGACAUCACGGGAAGUGCGAAGGUGUUGGUCUGCGUCUUUUCCAUUAUCCUUGGUUCACUUCCUGCCGCAAUGAUAACCGUUGGUAUCCUUGAUUACAACCUGUGUCCAGGACACACCAAACUUGCAAUCUACUUGAUUGGCCAGGGGGCCACCUAUGUCGUCAUCCCCAUCCUCACCUCCUGUUGGAGCUGCUGCCAUUGUAUUUCAGGAAAACUUAUAACCUACAUUUGUGUCAUCAUUGGACUGUUCAAUGUCGCCUGGGGAAUCGUAGGUUCCAUCUGGCUCCAUGCUUCCCCCUGCAAGGAAAGCCUUCUAUUCACCCACGCUGUCGGCUUCUCUGUACCCACGUGGAUCCUCUUUUGCCUCUUGCCCCCGGCAUGCUGUUGCUAUAUCUGCUACUGGUGCUGCAAAGACGAUUAAAUAGGAGGUAGUUUGGGCAGUUGUCCCAGCAUGAAUGAACCUUGUCAUUCGAACAGCGCUGAGAUUUGUGCAACAAUUACAGAUGUAAAAAUUAUGUACUGGACCUGAUCACAGCAGAAUUUUUUAUGGUCUUUCAAGAUAUUUUGGUUCCUCUUGUAGUUAUUUUUCGUGAUCGAUCGUGUUAUCAAAGUGCUUUUGACUUCGUGAAAAGAACAAUGUAAUGGUGUACAAAUAUAUUGUGUUUCGAAUACAAUAACAGAUGUUACGAAAUGAAACGUUAUGUUUCAAUGAAUUUUAGGAAAGCUAAAGGUUUUGUA